CAUAUCCUGCCCCCACUACUUUGGAGGAAGGGCAGAAGACCAAUGUAGAGGCUGCGUUGGCAUCACGGGGGCUUGAAUAUGGGGUAAAAGAGAGAGCUGGUCAGUGGGAAGGAGGAAGAGGAGCAUGGGAUGAAUUCCUAUUCCUUUCUCGCUUUCUCCCAGGGAGCCUCCAGGAGGUUGACAACAACUCGCUUGAGAAAAAAGUAACACAAAAACAUUUUGUGUAUAAAAUUAGAAUCACAAUUGAUUCCUGUUUAACCCUAGCCAUUAAAAGCCAGCCCAAAGGAUUUCCAGAAGAUGCACAGACUUGGGCUUUGACAGAGCUCUGGGAGGUGGGCAGCAAAAUAGGACAGAACCUGUAUUUGGGAAGGAGCCGUUGAAUUGUAGUUCCACCCACCCGGCAGGAUGAUGCAAUUAGGGCAGCCUUCAUGCCAGCCUUGGAAAGGGCAAUUGCAUCAGACCAUAAUGAGUGGGAUAGCAGCUGGACCAUUAGGCUACAGGCUUGCCUGCAGCUCUUGACAGCCCCCUUCAUUUCCCACCCCACUCUCCUCAAAUCCCUCUUCAGUCUCCCUUCUGAUAUCACCACCGUGAGCGGUUUGGGCAGACGGGGGCAAAUUAAGGUUUGCUUCACCAGGACUUAUUGCUAGGAUGAGCCAUUUUCUAGUCUCUUCCCUGAUGCUAAGCUAAAUUUGCACAUGGGAACUAGUGCAUAACUGAGUUCUGAUUGGUAUUGUGGUUGAAUCUUCUUCACCAUUGCUGGGCCCUUAGCAACCUAUUCAGAAAUCACAAUCUGGUUGUGUAGAUGUGCCCCAAGGCAGCUGUCUUCUGCGUGAAUUUAGUUUUUAUUACAAUUUUCUCAGUUUGAACUUGAGUGUGUAUAUUUUUUUGUUUUGAGAUGUUUAUUAAAAAGAAAGAAAGAAGACAAAUAGUUUUUGAUCAACAACAUAUUUUGUGGGUGUGCAUCUGUGAUCAAAGUGUUUUUGAAGGGAUGGAAACAGGCUAUGAUGGCUUUGCCUGCGGCUACAUUUUAUUAUUUGCUUGAAUCUCCCUUGAGUUCUGCAAUUUGGGCCAUGAGGUCUCAGAAGUGAGCUUACUAGAAUUUGGAAUUUGGACACCAUGACCAUCACUCUAGUGUGUGACCCUUCAGAAGCUAUGGAGCUUUGUGCUUCUCAGCGGCUGUACCUUAAGCCUGUUGCAAAACUGACCAUCAGUGUGGUGCUCCCAGAACACACUGGACCGACCUGGGCAUUCUCAAAGUGGGAAGUCAUGGACAAAUUGAAGAAUAUGGUUUGCCCAGACCAGUUUACCAGCGUUAAGGUUUCAAAGAGCACAAAGGGUUUCAUCCGGUUUGAAGGAGAGGCAGAAACCAAGCGCUUGGUCUGUAGCCUGAAGGAGAAGCUUCAUGGCAAGAUGAUAAAACUGAAUGGUUUUAAAGAUGACUUGCAAGUGGUUGCUACAGAGGAGCCUCCAGACUUUCCAGCUUCUCAGGAGUUGGAACCCAUCUUGAAUGAUGGGGAAUUGCUGGACGAAGACUUUGCUGAGCAAAGCCGGGCUGUUCCUGGUUGCAUCCAUUUGGAAGGAUUGCCAUGCAAAUGGUUUGCACUAAAAGGCUCCGAUAGUGAAACGCCAAGCGAAGAUGUCUUGAGAGCAGUGUUUGAGAGUUUUGGGAAGAUCAAGAACGUAGAUAUCCCCAUGCUUGAUCCUUACAGAGAAGAGAUGAUGGGAGGAAAUGUGAAUAACUUCACUUUUCGUGGUCUACGGACGUUUGAAGCGUAUGUCCAAUACCAGGAGCCCACAGCUUUUGCCAAAGCUAUGGAGACACUUAAGGGAAUGAAGCUGAUGUUUAAAGGGGAUGAUGGAAAAGCUCUGGCGUGUAACAUCAAGGUGACGUCCGAUACCACCGAUCACUUCAGUGAGAGUGCUAUAAACCAGAGACACCUGGAAAGACUGACACUGCAAGGGCUAGAACGAGAGAGAAAGAGGGAGGAAAAUAGAGGGAAAAAGGGGACUGAAAGAAAAAGACGUGAUGAUGAUGAUGAAAAAAAAGUUGGAGAAGGAAAGAGGAAAUCUAAGCUCAAGAGACGGGAAAAAAGACAGAUAGAUCGGGAUGAAAAACGCCCAAGAAAGCAACAGAAGGUAACAGCUGGAGAAGAGUUGUGGCCAGAGAAUAUGCCUGAAUGGGAAGAGAGGAAAUAUCUUCUAGCUCAGAGAAGAGUGGAGUCUAUCAGGCUGCUUACAGUGCUGUUAAGCCAAAUAAAAGAUUUUGUGCUGUCGUCCAGGCAAAUAGGGGAGCCUCUGUUGGACUGUGAACAUGAAAGGGAGGAUUGUUUUUCUGCACCUCAGAUUCAGAAUGCACUAAAGGAGAAGACAGACUCUCAUUAUCUCAGAAGCCAAGAGCUGAAGGAUAAGAGAGAGUCCAAGUGUCAAUCAGCCCAAUUAGAUAACACCCACCUUUCAGGGGAGGAUGAGGAAGAGGAUGACGAUGACAAUGAUGGUGCAGUUGACUUGUCUACAUCGCCUCGUCCCCUCACGAGGACAGUUUUGAACAAGUCAGCAGCCAGAACAAUCACUAGCUGCUCAACGGAUAAGGACUGUUGUCAUAGCUUGUUGCGGGUCACGGUCACUCAAGACUGCCCAGCCCUAAAGCCUGCCAGAGAGGAUUAUCCAAGCCUGAACCUGGGAUAUUGCCACAAGGUGUCAAACACAGGCAACUGCAGGAAGCAAAAGGUGUAUGAAACAGAGGAAUUCAUACAUUACUUACUAAACUAUUACCAGACCCCAAGAUAUGCACGGGUCUGUCCAGGGAUGCAAAGCACAGCACCUGAGUCUUGGUGGCAGAGGGUAGUCAUCGAUGAUGGAAACUGCUUUCAGGUCAACCUGAAGAAUAAAGAUGGACCGUGCGUCACGGAAGUGAGGUUUGCAUCAAACCUCCAGGAAGGAGAGUCUAGAGAUGAUGAUGAUGAUGAUGACAAAUGGGAGGUAAUAGAGGAGGAAACUGAGCCUACAGAGGUCGUGCUGAAAAGCCAGGCAGGUACUAGAGAACUUACUAAAACCUGUCCAGUACAGUGGGGUGAUUAUUCUCUGAGUAAGGCUAGCAAUAGAGUGCCAUGUGAUGAAUCAGAUAGUCCUUUCCUACUAAGCAUCAGCACUGCUUAUGAUAAAAAACCCCACCAAGAAAAUACUGGAAUGGCAAUCGUGCCAUCACACAAGGCAUUUGGCCGCAUGUAUAAAUUGAAGGAUUUACUGGAAGAGAUCAGCAGCGAUUCUGAAUAUUUUAGUGAGGCAUCUGAGUCGCAAAGCAAAAUGGAUAAAAGGAACGGGGGCUGCAGAAGUAGUUGCAAAGCCUGGCCUCUCAACCGGCAAAGGGCAAGAGAAUUGUUGAUUUGUGUCCAGAAUGUUGCUCGCAGCGACCAACAUGGCGAAGGCAGCAAACGCAGCUUCUGCUCAAGCUUGGAAUGCUGUGACCCGACAAAGCAUCCUGGGCAAAGCCUUAAAACAACCUUCAAGAGAUCCAGCAGUAAAAUCGGGCACGAAGGACACAAAACUAAAUGGCUGUCCAGCGAAGAGGAAAGAGAAACUGGCAAGAAGAGGAAGAAAAAGAAGAAAAGGUCUUCCGGAGACCCUUUGCCCAAUAACGAACCUCACUUCUUUAAAACAAACCACUGUGGAGAGCUGGAGUCCCUCGGCAAGAUGCAGAGAAAGUGUAGCAAGAUGUUGCACCACAAGAUGAAAUGUAAAAAGCUUCAUGCCACGACAAGAGGAGUCAAAGCAAAAGAUGCCAUGCACUUGGGUGCCUCUCAGUUUCAAGAAGCUCACCAAGAGGCAGGGGGCUUGCGGCUAAGAAGAGAGGCGGAAGCAGAUUCCGAAGGAUGGCCUUUGUUUCCUGUUGAACUAGUCCAGACAAGCCCAUACCCAGAGUCAAUCUGUGGCGCAGAACUUAGAAGAGGAUGUUAAUGCCAUUGGUCCUGGAGAACUGUGGGGAUGUUGAGCCCAUUCAAGGAGGAAGCUCAAUCUAGGGCCUUUUAUACCAUUCUUAAGGAACUGAACUGCAAAGCUAGCUCUUCGGUGAGACAGGUCUUUGGCUUAGGCUCCUCUGUGCAUGCUGGGAGAGAGAGGACAGCACACUAAACCAUCUAGCUGGUAAAAAGAGGUGGCAGAAAUCGACCUUGAGAGAUUGGAUGUCUGUACGGAUGAGGACCAAAAUAAAUGUUAUCCAAGUGCAUGAUUUAAGCCAUUGUGAACGAAUUACUCCCGAGUCUGAGCCAGGUAAAUGGAAUGGCCCCCCUCUAGUCCCGGGCAGCGGGGGGGACGGCAGAAUGUGAGUUCUGCUCUUUAGUAACUGUACAGUUAGGAGUUAUGCAUAAAACUACUUGUAUACUGAUUCAAUCUUUUAAUUUUACAAAGAAAGUGCCUCCUCCGCGAUGUCAGAAAGGGGAUGGUGUGAGAGAAGAAACAGGAUGUUUAGCCAAGGCAGAAAAGGAACAUGGGUUUGAUUCACUGCAGUCCUUGUGCUUGGAGAUGUUCCGCCUCCAUUCACACAGCUUAAUCCAGAGCACUAGGUGGUUUGGGCCAGAUGCUGCUGUGUGCUGGGACAGCCCCUGCUGGGUUUUUUGAAUGCUCUCUGUGUGUGGGCACCAUGUGUGUGGGUACCUACUGAGGUACCCUGCUGCAGGCCUCUGUGCCCCUGUAAUUCUGCCCAAGCCUACUGCAGUUGAGGGUCAGACAUGGGAGAUGCAUGAUUCGCUCUCCUGAUUUAAACAAAGGUAAGGCAGCCACCAGGGCUGAGAGGUGGGGAGACCUUCAGAUUUCCAUCAGAGCAGCAGUGCCUGGGGUGAAAAGGUGUUUAAUCCUUUCUCUGAUGGAAAUCCUCCCACCCCAAACUGCUGUUAGCACACUGCAGGGGGGAAAUACAGACUCAAUAGUUAUCUGUAUGCUUUUGUUGGUUUUUGUGUGCUGUGUGGUCAAUAGCAGCUUGCGAUUUAGACUGCAGAGAGGGCUAAACAUCCCCAUUGCAGCAGUCCAGACUGAAGCAUCCUCUGCUGCUUUAACAUUUUGUGUCUCUCUUUAAAAACAAAACAAAAAACUCAAAUCAGGAGAUCUGAUUGUGGAUCUCCUGCAUCAUAGAUGGUUUGACCCUAGUCAUUCGCACCAUGUGGAGUAGGUCAGGGUUGCUGCUGCAAUGGGCAUAGCUAAGCUAAAAUGACGACUGACAAAACCUGUCAGCUUUGUUGGUGAAAAGCCACCUUGUCCCUCGAAAAGUUGCCUUUCCCUUGCUUAAACAGCCCCCAAAGUGUUCUAGAACGGAUUAUUCCCCUUCUGCUUUUUUAGACGGAAUCCGAGGAAAGAACUGCAGACUUCUCCAGGCUCUUUACAAGCCAGGGACAUUUUCUUUUGCUUCCACUGGGUUUAAUUGUUCUAGGAAGCGCUCAGUGGGGGUGUGUGUUUGUUUGUGUGUGUGUGUGUGUGCUUUGAGCAGUGGGAGAGGCUGUGCCAUCUUCAGUGCUGGCUGGCCUUGGGACCUUGUGAGCAACUGACCUUCUGGAGAGCCGCUUGACGUUGUGGGUCUCAGAAGUUGUCUUAUUCAGUUAUUGCUUAAAGACGUAUACAACCUAGAACCAGUGGGCUAAGAAUUCAGGGAUAAGGUCGGAAAGUGAGUCGUUCCGAGGACUGCCAGCUAGGUGAUCGCAGCGGACGGCUCUAACUGCUAUGGAAUAGUAUUCCACCUGGAGGGGAACUGCAACAAAUUUUAGGUUCGGUUUUAGAACCGCCUUCUUUUUCUGCUUUCAUUAAUAUGAUUUAUUACAUGCCAUGGUAACUUUCAUGCGACAUAUUACCUCGCAUCCCAUCCUUGUUUGUUAACUUCUGCUCCAAUAAAGUAGUAACAAACCAAAGUAUGCAGGUAUUGUCUGUGUUUAGAUGGUUGUGUGUGUAUGUGUCAUGUUGGUCAAUGGUGGUGUUUUUUCCACUGGCCUCUCAGCCUGUUUUUACUUUAAAUCUAUUCUUUUUUUAUAAACUUUGAGUGCACUUCCCAAUGUAGCGAACAAAAAUGUUUUUAUCGGAACAUACUCUUUUGCACUUGUUCCUCUGCAUUUUUUUUAAAAGUUUCACUUAGCUGUUUUAUAGGAAAACCCGUUCAGCAGCAUCCCAGCAAUAGAUCAUUGGCAUUUCAUUAUGUAGUAAUUUACAGGCACAGAAAUCCCCCCCUCCCAGGCCUUUAGGUUUUUUUGUAACCAAUUUCUGCAUCUACGUUCAUAUCUUAAAUGUUUGUAGGUGCAUUCUUCAUAGGAAGACGCCUGAAUUCACUCUACAGCAGUAAAAAUGGGAUGCAGUGCUGGGGGAAUACGGCAGCUGUUCGUGGUCUCUCCCCCCCCCCCCCAACAAAUCCUGUGAACUUUGACCCGCUAGAAAAUAUUCAGAUGCAGUGGCUGGCAGCCUGUGCUUCCUUUCAUGUGCUAAAUAUGCGAGUAAAUUUCCCCUCCUUUGUCUGGAGAAAAGUGGCACCACAAGAACCAGUGCCAUGUUUGCAUGCAAUACAUUGCAUCAUACUUGCAAAUGCAUUUGAUUUGAGAGCUUGGCAACAGAGUGAUGUGAACUUUUUACACCUCAUGUAGAUCUUUGUAUUGCUUCAAGCAAUGGUAAGGGCAGCCUUUGCACCUUAGAAUCCAAUGGCGAGAUUAGUUUUUCAUGCCCCUCCAACGCCACACAAAACCACUGGCCCUAUUUAGAGGGAUACUUCGUGCCUGGAUUGAAACUGGGAGCAGGCCUCGGGCUGGUGUGCGUACUCCUUCGCCCCAUCCUCCCAGCUGGAAGAAAUGCACCAUGGAGAUCUCACUUGUAUGUGAACAUGGAGGCCCCCUGGUUCAUUCACUCACCUUUUCCUGUUCUGGGGGGUGGGUGGGGUGGCUGUGGGAGACCCAUAGCAACCAGAGGCCCCAUGGAGUCCAACAGGCUCAAUAAUUUCAUAUGGUACCAAAGGAUAGAUCUUGAGCAAACAGUUUCAUUUUAUGGUUUGGGAAUAUUAAUGUCUACACUAACUGUCUUGAAUUUCCCUCCUGCUUUCUCUCCUUGAACAAUUUGACUGGUGGCAUAACUUCUUGAACUCAUUGGUCAAGUUCAAAUAAAACAGAUUUGUGAAAAUAACUUUAUGGAUGUUUUCUAGGAAGCUUUCACAAACCUUUAUUGAAAAGCAAGUUUGUAGACCUGUUCUGAUUCAACUUGUACUGCUCAAAAAUGUGGUGUCUUAAUUAUGAAAAAUAAAAUGUAUUUAUUUUAUGUAAAAUUGUUCAAAUGUUAAUUUAUGAUGGAUUAAACUGACAAAUAACAUCCCCGGGUUAAUAA